AUGGCCGUUCAUGAAAUGGGGGAUGAAUAUAGUUUGUCUAUUGCACCAGCCCUGUGUGUUGAAGCAGGUCAUUAUCAGAAGGUCGGAGAACACAAAGUGGUAGAUUUCUUAUGGGAGAAUAUAAUCUGCAAGUUUGGGAUACCAAAAGAGUUAGCCUACGAUAACGGGCCGCAAUUUAUAGGUGAAAAGGUCAUAAAGUUUCUUGAAGACUUGAAAAUCAAAAUGAUCACAUCAUCACCCUAUCAUUCGAGCGCAAACGAUCAAGCAGAAUCAACAAACAGGGUAAUUGUACAAAAUCUCAGAAAGGGAUUGGAAGCAGCUAAAGGUGAAUGGCCCGAAGAACUGUCCAGGAGUACUAUGGGCGUACUGAACAACGGCCAAAUCGAGCACGGGAGAGACUUCUUUAUCUCUUGUGUACGGAGCAAAAGCCUUGAUCCCGAUUGA